GUAGAUGUUCCCUCUGGGCUGUGAGGCUUUUCUCCUCUGAUGUUCUCCAGCGUUGGCUCUACUCUACUCUACUGUGCCCCUGUGGUCAGUGCAGUUUGUGUGUUUGUGGGGGGGAUGGGCUCAGAGAACACACUCGUCCGCUUGCUGAAGUGGGUCACCCUCUUUACAGUUCUCUUCUUCAUCGGCUUCAUCAUCGGCUGGUGUGCAAGGCCCGUCACAACACAUCAUGAGGAACCAGAUCACCUGCAGGAGUUCCUGGAUGAAAUACACGCAGAGAACAUCAAACAGCAUCUCAGGAAGUUCACACGUCUACCCCACCUGGCCGGCACGCAGCAGAACCUGCGACUGGCUGAGCAGAUCCGAGAUGAGUGGCUAGCGUUUGGACUGGACUCAGCUGAGCUGGUCUGGUACGACGUCCUGUUGUCGUAUCCAAACAGAACCCACCCCAACUACAUCUCCAUCGUGGACCAGCAUGGAGAUGAGAUGUUUAACUCAUCCCUCUCUGAGCCGGUUCCUGAGGGAUACGAGCAUGUGACUGAUAUCGUUCCUCCAUACAGCGCCUUCUCAGCCCAGGGUCGACCACAGGGGGAUCUGGUGUAUGUCAAUUAUGGCAGGACUGAGGAUUUCUUCAAGCUGGAGAGGGAAAUGGGAAUAAACUGCACCGGAAAAAUCGUCAUCGCCAGAUACGGCAAGAUAUUCAGAGGAAACAAGGUGAAGAACGCGGUGCUAGCGGGGGCUAAAGGCAUCAUACUGUAUUCAGACCCGGCCGAUUACUGCGCUCAGGGUGUAGAACCCUACCCUGCUGGAUGGAACCUGCCAGGAGGGGGCGCUCAACGAGGAAACGUCCUCAACCUGAACGGAGCAGGAGACCCUCUGACCCCCGGAUAUCCCGCCAAAGAGUACACGUACAGGUCCAAACUGAAGGAGGGGGCGGGACUUCCCAAAAUUCCUGUGCACCCUAUUGGCUAUCACGAUGCUGUUCAUCUGCUAAAGAAUAUGGGCGGAGCCUCGCCACCUCCUGAUUGGAGAGGAGCUCUGAACGUGUCCUAUCGUAUCGGGCCUGGAUUCACUGAUGACUUCAUACUAAACAAAGUGCGCAUGAACAUCCACACCUACAACCAGGUGACCCGCAUCUACAACGUCAUCGGCAGGAUCAGAGGAGCUCGGGAGCCAGACAGGUGUGUGAUUCUGGGUGGUCACCGUGAUGCGUGGGUGUUUGGAGCAAUUGAUCCGGUAUCUGGAGCAGCUGUAGUUCAUGAGACAGUCAGAGCUGCAGGAGCACUAAGACAGAGAGGCUGGCGUCCGAGACGCUCUCUGAUCUUCGCUAGCUGGGAUGCUGAGGAGUUUGGACUGCAGGGAUCCACAGAAUGGGCAGAGGAGAAUGCUAUAAUGCUACAGGAGAGAGCUGUUGCUUACAUCAAUGCUGACUCAGCCAUCGAGGGGAUGUACACCCUGAGGGUGGACUGCACUCCCUCGCUCCACACGCUCGUGUAUGACAUCACUAAACUGGUGAUGAGUCCAGAGGAAGGUGAAGAGAGGAUCAGUUUGUACGAGAGCUGGCACAAACGGGACAACUGGACUAACAACCGGGACGCUCCACGGAUCAGUAAACUGGGCUCAGGAAGUGAUUUUGAAGCAUAUUUUAUCCGACUGGGAAUCACAUCCGGCAGAGCCAGAUACACCAAAAACAGAAAGACGGAGCGCUACAGCAGCUACCCGGUGUACCACAGUGUGUACGAGACAUUUGAACUUGUGGAGCGUUUUUAUGACCCCUCAUUUCAGCGGCUGGAGGCGGUGGGCCGGGUGCGGGCGGGGCUAGUGUUCAGACUGGCUGAUGCCCUCAUCAUCCCGUUGGACUGUAAGGAAUAUGCCCGCUCGCUCACCCAAUACGCCAACACCAUCCAGCAGCUCGCUUUGGAACACCCGGAGGCCAUACAGCGUUACGGUGUCACAUUCGAAGGCCUUUUUUCAGCUGUGGACAAUUUUACACAAGCAGCCGCAGAUUUUCACCAACGGCUGGACAAACUGGACACAAAAGAUGUUCUGGCUGUUCGGAUGUUGAAUGAUCAACUGAUGUAUUUGGAGCGCGCUUUUAUCGACCCACUGGGGCUGCCAGGCCGACCUUUCUACAGGCAUGUGGUCUUUGCUCCGAGCAGUCAUAAUAAAUAUGCGGGUGAGUCGUUUCCGGGUAUUUAUGACGCUCUGUUUGAUAUCGAAAAUGCUGCUGACCCCGACAGAGCCUGGGACGAGGUCAAACGACAAAUCAGCAUCGCCACGGUUACCGUCAACUCCGCCGCCAACACACUCCACCCUGUCGCCUGAGGUCAGCCCCCAUGACCUCUGACCUUUUCAUCAGAUCAGACUGACCUGAAGCUGCCUGUAUAAACUCAUCAACACUAAUCUGAAUGUAAACCGGACAGUCGAGCUGAGAACUGUCUGAUUUAACGGGCCAGUACUGACACCUUUGCUAGGUCUCCAUUAAUAAUGUCUGAGAGGUUUUAUGCAUCAAAAUCAUGAUUCGUUCCUACAUGAGUUCAGCAGGAAUAGGUGGAGCUAAGCUGUUGUAGUCUGAAAAUUAGUGUGAAAUAUUGAGAAUAUUGUCACUACUGAAACACGAUUUGUGACCUUGUAAGUGUUUUAAUGUAAUGUAAUGUUUUCACUACUGAAACAAUCGGCACUGAGUCACUACUGAAACAAUCCCUACUGAAACAAUCGUUAGUGAGACAAUCUCUACUGAAACAGUCGCUACUGAAAUAAUCGGCACUGAGUCACUACUGAAACAAUCCCUACUGAAACAGUCGGUACUGAGUCACUACUGAAAAAUCUCUACUGAAACAGUCGUUAGUGAGACAAUCGCUAGUGAUACAGUCACUCCUGAAACAAUCGGUACUGAGUCACUCCUGAAACAAUUGGUACUGAGUCACUACUGAAACGAUCUCUACUGAAACAGUCACUCCUGAAACAAUCGGUACUGAGUCACUCCUGAAACAAUUGGUACUGAGUCACUACUGAAACGAUCUCUACUGAAACAGUCACUCCUGAAACAAUCGGUACUGAGUCACUCCUGAAACAAUUGGUACUGAGUCACUACUGAAACAAUAUCUACUGAAACAGUCGCUACUGAAACAGUAAUUUGAGUGCAGUAAAGACCCAUGUUAGCUUAUUUUAGAGAAGAGUUUGCAUAGUUUUAAAAUGUGCAGUAAAACCUGCUGGAAAAAAAACAGAAAAAUUCAGUUUUUAUAUGUUUCUGUAUCUUUCAUCACGCUGGAAACCCUUCAGUCUUCAUUCAGUCCACAUCGGACACUCGUGUGAAACGGCCUGGGUUUGGAAAGUAGUGAUGAAGAUAACGGAGCAUUUUGAUAUGAAACAUACAAGGAUCAUGUUCUAUGAAGAGCCUUUAGAGGAGAGUUAAAGAAGAGAUUAACUCAGAACCCAGAGGGGUAAUGUGUGAAGACCACAUUCGCAAACUAGAAAACAUCAUUUAAAGAAGAAUCGCUAAACCAUUUAUUCAGCACUGCUACAGUGAGUCAGCAGCCCGCCAACACAGGACCCCCGAAUAAAAUCAGUCUGCUUUAUCUGGUCACACAUGAACGUUUUCCAUGUUCCCGUAAAGAAUUCAUCUAAAUAUGACAUUCAUUCUGCACUAAAAUAAUAAAAUAAUUAAAGCACUGGAA